AUGGCGCAAGAAUACAAGUUGAAAGGAGUGACUUCACUCGACCUCAAACCGGGUGACAAACAUGAAGUCGAGGUAGAGGGUCUUGAUGCGCGUGUUCUUCUCGUCAAUGCCGGCGGGCAGGUCCAAGCAAUUGCCUGCUUUAACGCCAAGACUGGCGACGUGGAAGAUGCGCCUGCUUUGAACCCCCUUCCUGUUUUCAAGGCGACCGAACGUGAUGGGGCUGUCUACAUUACUGGCGAAACCGACACGAUAAAGAAGGGCUAUCGGACGCCCAAUUUCACAUGCGCCACCACCAAGGACGAGAGGAUUCUUAUUGUGGGAGGCGGUUCUGGUGCCCUCGGCACUGUGGAGGGCUUACGCGGUGGCGGGUACGAAGGUGCCAUUACGCUGAUUUCCAAUGAGGGUUAUCUGCCGAUUGACCGUCCGAAGCUCAGCAAGGCCCUCUUGACGGAUCUUGCCAAGCUACAAUGGCGAGGUGAGAAAUGGUACAGGGACGGAACCGUCGAGAUUGUCAACGACGAGGUUACCUCCGUGGACUUUGCCGCGAAGACCACAACAACUAAAUCGGGCGGGGAGUUUGGGUACAACAAGCUAGUCCUCGCCACGGGCGGUUCGCCCCGGCAACUUCCACUACCAGGGUUCAAAGAUUUAGACAACAUCUUCACACUCCGGAACGUCCACGAUGCGAAGCGCAUCGUCGCCGCUAUCGGUGACAAGGGAAAGAAUAUUGUGGUGAUUGGGUCGUCGUUUAUUGGCUUGGAAAUUGCCGUGGCGACUGCAAAUGGGAAUAACGUUACCGUUGUUGGUAUGGAGAAAGCUCCUUUAGAGCGAGUGCUGGGUGAGCGGGUUGGAAAUUUCGUGAGAACUCUUGUGGAAGGGAAAGGCGUCAAGUUCUAUUUAUCAGCGGGUGUCGAGAAGGCGGAACCAGCUGCGUCGAACCCGUCUCGCGUUGGGUCCGUCUACCUCAAGGACGGAACCAAGUUGGAUGCCGACCUUGUCAUUCUCGGCGUCGGGGUCGCACCGGCCACUGCAUACCUCAAGAACAACAGUGCGGUGCGUCUUGAGCAGGACGGGAGCCUUAAGGUUGAUGAGAGUUUCUCUGUCGCCGGUCUGGAAGAUGUGUACGCCAUUGGUGAUAUUGCAACCCACCCGUACCGCGGCCCAGGAGGUGAAGGAAAGUUUGUGCGCAUCGAGCACUGGAACGUGGCGCAAAAUGCAGGGCGGUCAGUUGCCAGUCAUAUUCUCAACCCGAAGCGCACACCCGAAUUUUACACUCCGGUCUUUUGGAGCGCCCUUGGGGCACAGCUACGCUACUGUGGGAACACUAUGGCGAGCGGCUGGGACGACGUGGUGAUCCAAGGAAAUCCAGAGGAAGGGAAGUGGGUUGCGUAUUACACCAAGGGUGAGACGGUUGUUGCAAUGGCAAGCAUUGGCAAGGAUCCGGCAAUGGCCCAAAGCGCCCAGUUGAUGUCGCUUCACAAAAUGCCGAGCAAGACGCAGCUUCUGGACGGACUGGACAUCCUGACCCUCGGACCUCCCCACUACCGACUGACAUUCCACCCUCUGGCACGCAUUCCGGGACCAAAGCUGGCUGCAAUCUCUAACCUCUGGCACGCUCAACACAUUAGAGAUGGUCGCUCUCGAGAACUCGGUAAAUGUCUCCAUUCUCAGUAUGGCCCGGUAGUCAGGGUCGGGCCGAAUGAAGUGUGGGUUAAUUCCGUUGAAGGGUUCAAGAAAAUUUACAGUCCCACAAAUGGUCUGCAAAAAGCAGACUUUUAUCUGGCAACGGCGCUGAAUAAACCGCGAAUUGAUUGGCAGCUCAAGGCUCAUUUCCCGGAUACGUUGGACCUUCUGUCAGAAUUCGAUAUUCGACGUUAUAGACGACAGCGACGCCUCAUUGGGCCUGUCUAUUCGGCGUUGAACAUGAAGAAGUUUGAACCCGUGGUGGACAGGGUCAUGAAAGUGGCCAUCUCCGAAAUUGGGAAGCUAGACGGUGCAGAGUUGGAUUUGAAGGAGUGGAUGCACAUGAUAACGGUUGAGUGCCUCGGCGCGGUGGUCCUUUCGUGGUCACCUGGGUAUCUGGCCAACCACUCCGACGGCGGUACCAGCAGACAAAGUUACCUUGGCUGGAAGCGGAAGAGCGUUUUUGGCUUGUUUCCAGUCGUCACGAAACUGUCAUUUAUUUCCAAGGGACUUGGUCGCAGGUUUUCCAACGCCUGGGACCUGACAUUCAAGACACCUAAAGGGUUCAAGCCAUUUUUCACACCCGUGUACCAGAAAAGCUCUCGAAGAAUCACCGCCGCCUUACAGGACGGCCACAAACAGAACAAGUCAGAGUCACGUAAGGACCUGCUCCUUGACUUGAUAACCCUAUACGAGAAACACCACGGCUUUACUGAAACUUACCUUCGGCGUCUCGCUGUCACGAAUUUUGGCGCCGGCCACGAGACCAUGUGUUCGGCAUUGACGGCCGCUAUAGCGAUGAUUGGGUCUCAUCCCGAUGCUCAACAGAAGGUGACUCGAGAGGUUCGCAGGCCAUCACCCAAAAGGAACCUUGAUUACACCAUGGCCAGUAUUAAAGAGGCACAAAGACUGCAUCCAGUGAUCAGCAUGUCGCUGCCACGCAAGGUUCCAAACGGUGGCUUAGUAUUGGACAAGUACUUUCUCCCCGCAGGUACAGUAGUGGGGUGUAAUCCGGUUUCUCUUCAUCGGAACCCCCAAAUCUUUGGAUCGGAUGCCGAGAAGUACAAACCAGAAAGAUGGUUACAAGUCGAGGAGCUCAAUAGGAUUUGGGAGAUGGAAAGGACAAGUUUGACAUGGGGGGGCGGUUCGCGGACAUGCCCUGGUAGGCACCUGGCCGAAUUGGUCUUGAAAAAAGUAGUCACAGGCCUGUUUGAGGAGUUCGAGGUCGAUAUCACUGUCUUCCCUGACGAGUGCAACAUGCCGUGCUACUUCAUGGCGAUGUUGACUGGCGUGAAGGCGAGAUUUAUCCCAAGAAAACGCCCGCUAUAG